AUGUCCCUAGACCCAAACGUUCUCAAACGUAAAAGAGUAGUCGAUCAGGAUUCUUCAUCAAAGAAGCUAAAGGGUUCAGUUCCAUCCUCCAAUGAUAUGGAAAAUACAAAUCCGAACCUGAAGCCCAGCAAAAUUCCAAUCCCCAAGCACUCUCAGAGCACAUCAUUGAAUUCUUCAUCUCUUUCAAGCAACAACGCAACAACCACAUCAUCAAAUUUAAAAGGAAUUUCUUCAAGCAAUAGAACAAGCAUUAUCAGAGCAAAUGCUACUUCCAGAAUUACCACCAACCGACUGGCACCUAGUUCCACACCGUCUUCAAGGGUCUCACAGUACCAAAAGCCUAGUACUACCAACUCUAGGCAAUCCGUGUCAAGAACUAUGACAGCUCCGCAAACAGCAAAACAGACAAACAUCCAAAAACAAGAGCAUGAGACCACAAAACAUGAACUCGACCAAACCAAAUCUCAGCUCUCUCAAUUAUCUGACGAGAACAAGCAACUCAAGUCAAAAAUUGAUGAGCAACUCGUUCAACUUCAGGACUUGAUACAACUCGAGGAAAAGACCAAAUCGCUUGAGACUCUUUCGUUAAAAUAUCAAGAAGACAGCAUUCAACUAAAGUCGAUUAAUAAGACUCAAGAAAUUGAAAUCCACGCUUUAAAGGGACUGCAAGAGAAACUUCAAAUGGAUAAUAUUGAUCUCAGAGUUAAGGUUAGCUCUCUGGAAAAAGAAAUUGAGAUAGAGAAGAAGCAAUCCGAAAUGGAUAAGGCUACUCUUAAGAUACAAUACGAAAGUGAAAUUAGAAUACAGAAAGAGCAUUUCGAACAACAAUUGAAUGAAGUCACAGAAAUUAAAGACAAGGAACAUAAUUUAACCAAGGAGAGACUUACCAAGGAAGUUUCAAGAGUGAAAAGCGAGCUUGAUCGAGUUCAAUUUGAGCUUAAUUGUUCGAUUGACGAUGCAAAUACAAAGAGCGAGAAAAUUAGAGAGCUUGAAGCAAAAAUUCACCAACAGCUAGAACACAUUCAAAAUCUCGAGAAUAAGCGACAUCAUGAUGAGAGUGAAAGAAGACGUUUACACAAUAUUAUUCAAGAACUCAAAGGAAAUAUCAGAGUUUACUGCAGGGUCAAACCAGCUCAAGAAAUUAAAUGUAUCUCUUAUCCUGACGCGGAUGUAGAUGAAAGAUCUAUCAAUAUCCAAGAGGAUUCUAGAGUUACUGCAACAGGAGCAUCAGCAGAAGGAAAGAAAUACUAUUUCCAAUUUGACAAGGUUUUUAAGCCAAACUCCACACAAAAAGAAAUCUUUUAUGAAAUUUCUCAACUUGUACAGAGCGCCCUUGAUGGAUUUAAAGUGUGUAUUUUUGCUUACGGACAGACAGGUAGCGGUAAAACAUACACGAUGGAAGGACCUCCAAAGGACUUGAUAAGUAAUCUUGACUCAGAAAAGCAAGAAGCACUUGCAGGCAUGAUUCCUAGAAGUGUUGAUCAAAUCUUCGAAUCUGCGGAAAAGCUCAAAGAAAAGGGGUGGACAUUUACAAUUGUUGCCAGCUUUUUAGAAAUUUAUAAUGAGACUAUCAGAGAUCUGCUUGACUCAACAAAUAAGGAUAAUGUAAAAUAUGACAUUAAGCAUGGAAAAGAUGGAUCGACCACUGUAACUGGAUUGAAGUAUGUGAAUGUUAAUAGACCUCAACAGGUUCAAGAACUACUUAGAAUUGCUUCAAAAAACAGAGCAGUAGCAGCUACAUUAUCAAAUGAUCGAUCCAGUAGAUCACACUCUGUUUUUACUCUUCAGAUUACUGGAAGAAAUGAUAACACAGAUCAAACAACUCAAGGUGUUUUAAAUUUGGUUGACUUGGCUGGAAGCGAAAGAAUCAGCAACAACCAUCCAACUAAUAGUGACAGAAUUAAGGAAACACAGAAUAUUAACUUAAGUUUGACAUGUUUGAGUAGUGUUGUUACUGCUUUAGCAAACAAGGCUAGCUACGUUCCCUAUAGAGACUCCAAACUCACGUUUCUUCUUCAGAACUGUCUUGGUGGGGACGCAAAAACACUCAUGUUUGUCAACAUUGAUCCGGAAAAUCCUUGUUUGUCUUCGUUACAACCAUCAUCAUUCCAAUAUUUUCAUAUUACGUUAUUAGAUUUUACAAUGGCCACUGAAUUGACUCCACAACAAAUUAGUGUUAGCUUUGUUGCCCAAUAUUACUACAUUUUGUCAUCUAACACCAAAAAUCUUUACAAAUUCUACAAGAAUGAAUCCGAAAUGACUCAUGAGCAUUCCAAUGUUGUGAAACAAUUGCCUGGAAAUAUUAAUCCAAACACUGUUGUUGGUCAAGAUAUUGAAAAAAAGAUUUCUACUCUUGGUUAUGAAGAUUGCAAAGUUCGAUUGACUUUUGUUGAUUCACAACGUUCAUUGAAUGGAUCUGUCUUUGUUUUUGUGGAAGGAGUGAUGAUUAGACAGAGCGAUGACCAAAAAGAAAUGAAUUUUGUUCAAACAUUCCUUUUGGCAGAACAAGAGAAUGGUUAUUAUGUGAGAAAUGACUACCUCCGUUUUACCUCUUGUGCAUCUUCUGUAACCCCUAGUACUGUUCCUCACCAAGUGACAUCCACAAUCUCUCAUCCACAACAUCAUGCCAUCAAUGCCAGUAAUAGCACUGAUACUCAAGUCAAGUCUCAAAACGGAAGCACAAAUUUAACACCUCCUCAAUUAUCUUUCUCAACUAAUACUUCGGUUGCAAAUACUGCUGCUGCUAAUGGAUCACAUUCUCCAAGAAGUGAGACUAGCUCUACUGCUGCCACUGCUGGAGCAAGUUCUGUUUAUGGAGGAGCUGAAGAUAAUCAAUUGGAUGAAGAAAGCGAUCACGAAGAAUCUAAGCAAUCAGAAAAGAAGUCGAUUGGUGUGAAUGUUCCAUCUCAAUCAAGCAGCAAUACUGCUAGUUUACCACCUGUUGCAUCUUCAACACGUGUUGAAAAACCAAGUGAAUCCCACAAGAGCAUUUCAUAUGCUGCAGCUGUCAAGAAUGAACAAAGUUCUGCUACUUCUGCACCAUCGACUACAGUGCCUCAAGAAGCAUCUCAACAGCCAAAGCGUGGAAAAAAACAUCAUAAGAAUGAAAAUAAGGAAAAGGUCGAGCAUAAAGAGGAUAAUGAGCAAAAAGGAGAACUCAAGAAUGAGCAAAAGAAAUCGGAUCACCAAAAAAUCGAACCCAAGAAUCGCAAGCAUGAACACAACAAGAGUGAGAACGAUCAAAAGAAGCCACCUAGCGUUUCUGCUAGUACAGACGAACAAAAGAAUAAUCAAGUAGGUGAAAGGAAGGAAAAAUCAUUCCGUGGAAAGGAUCACCCUCUCAACAAGUAUGCUGUGUAUGUACGUGAUCUACCAGUGGGAACUAGGGAUAGUGAUCUCAAGCAAGUAUUUGCAUCCUACGGAAAUAUUAUUGAUAUUCACAACAAGUCAGGAAAAGACCAGUCUUACAACAAGUAUGCCUUGAUUUUCUUUGAGACCAAACAAAGUGUUGACACACUUUUGGAAAAGCCAACUGUGAACAUUGAGGGACAUGAAUGCCCAAUCACCAGAUACCAGAGAAAGCCAAAGCCUCAUUUCACACCACGAGGCACAAGCCCAAACAACACCAAUAACACUGUUGGAGCUUCAAAUAACGUUCCCAAUCAAAAUCGUCCAAGUGGAGAAAGACGUCCUCAAAGACAACGAUUUGCUCGUGCUCCUGCCAACACAGAGACUUCUGUUGAGAAGUAA